UGUCCACACCAUUCACUUCAACACAUUGGGGAAAAUUGGGUCGCUGCAAAAUGGACGUCUCUCUGGACGACUACAUCACCAAAAAUCAAAGAAAAUUUGUCUCUAGACCCGGUGCAUCUGCACAGCAAAGACUUGGUGCAAAAACGAAAGGCCCUGUUUUUACAACAAAGCAGCAAGGAAACAUAAAACAAAGACCUGGAAUACAAAGACAAACAAAAUUUGCAGUGACUGGCCUGGGAAAUGUCAAAGGUUUUGAUGCUAGACAGAAAAUAGCAAGUAAGCCCAUUAAAGAUGCCAGAGACAAAAUUAUAGCCAAAACAAAGUUUGUGGAUGCUCGAGUGCGGAUACAAAAUAAGAAGGCCCAGCAGCCUGUUGAUGCGAGAGAGAAGCUGAAAGCUAAACAGGCCAACAAGGGCCCUACUGUGAGUGUGACAGGACUGGGAAACUUUUCUAAACAACAGACACAGCCUAAGCAAGGAAUAAAUCAGAAUUUCACAGUGACCAGUCUCCAAACAACAGGGGGGCUUGUCCGAGCAAUUGGAAAUCCAGGACAGAAGACAUCUGGGCAUCAGGUGUUAAUGGGAUCAAACAACAUAUUUGUCACAACAUCCAAUAAACCCACAACAGCACAAGCCAAGCCAUUGGGUGCAGUGAGGACCAACACAGCAGCUAUGGCAGCUCGUAGACAUCCGCAUUCUCUCCCAGCCCGCAGUCCUAUCAUUCAGAUUAGAAAUGAUCAGUAUGAAGAACCAGACCCAGACUCUGACCCAGAGAUGGAGUACACGUACACUCCUCCACCAGUCAGAGUUACUGGGCCAGCUGUGAAAGUCCCAUCUCCGGUUAUUUCCCAGACAAGAUCUCCUAUCAGGCUUACUGCCAAGACGACACCAAAACCAGUGCAACAGGUCAAAGUGAAGACGUUGCAGGAGCCGGAAGUUGAUGUCAUAAGCCCCCUGCAAGGCUACAAAAUAUUGGUGACAAAUUUACACCCAGUUGUCACAGAAGAAGAUAUCAUUGAACUAUUCAGUGCAAUGGGAGCUUUAAAGAAGGCCAGAAUGUUGAAGCCAGGUGUGGCAGAGGCUGUGUUCUUUAAGAAGGAAGAGGCUGUGCUGGCCAUCAAGAAGUAUCAUAACAGAGAACUGGAUGGUGUUCCCAUGCAGGUGAAAAUGGUCACCCCACUAACUGCAGUAGUGAGCAAGCCUCCUGAAGACCCGGAAGUUUCUUCAUCACAACACGUAUUUGGCCGUUUGGGCCCAGCAUCCUCAAAGGAGCCUCAGAAUCAAGGUGACGUUGAUGUGUCCUUGGUCCAUAAAGCUCUCUUUAAGGCGAAGGAUGCUGCUGCAGCACCCUCCAGACCUGUGACUUUUACAGUUAAAAUAUGAUACACCAGACAUUUAUUGGCGUCAGUUUUUUUUCCAAAAUUUCUGUUGAAGACUCAUCAUUUUAGCAGGCACCUCAAGUAAUUUUUUGUCCAUAGAGACACUUGCAAUAGGUUUGCAAAUAAGACUUGAGUAAAAAAAAAGUUUCUUUAGAAAACAAUGUUAUUGAAUUAGGGUCUAUCAUUUUUUCCCCUUUUCAGUUUUAUUUAUAUGUGCCUAAACAUUUUACUUCAAGAUAGACAUUUUAUUUUAAGCAAUAUAGUUGAUAGAGCAUCUGAACGAGAAUUGUUGAGUUAAAGUAAAGCAGCCGUUCAUGUAUUAUAAUGUUCAAUAUAAGUGUGUUAGUAUUGUUGCAUUCCAUAAUCGUAUUGUAUUGUAAAUAACUAAGCAGGUAGUUGAGGCAGAGUGUCAGCUGGAUAUUAUCUUGCCAACUAGGCCAGGAUAAAACGUGUCUCAUGCUGGAAAUUAGAAAUCAAGAAACAUCCCUCCACGUAUUUAAAAGGAACUAUAAUAAACACUUUAUUCCUUUCAAAA